CCCAUUUCCUAUAAGAUGAUGUUGCUUGACCGAUGCUCAUCUCACCCAUCAUUUUAGCGACUAGAAAGCCACCACCGCGAUUGCUUUGUAAUAAUCUACGAAGCCUAGCAUCAAGAACAUGUCUACAACUUCCGAACAAUCACCAAUUGAACUGUCAGAGGUUGUGGCAGAGACCGAGACGAGCAACGAGACUGCUGCGAGCUCCCGUAUUGACAGGCGCACGCUUCUGAGACUGCUAAGUGCUGGCUUUUCCUUCUUUGUCGCCGGCGUCAACGACGGCAGCCUCGGUGUAUUGAUUCCUUGGGUGAUUCGUGACUAUGGCAUCAACACAGCGAUUCUUUCCAGCGUCUACGGAGCAAGUUUUCUGGGCUGGUUCACGGCCGCAUUGACAAAUACACAUCUGAGCCAAUACCUCGAUCUGGGUUCGAUACUUGUGCUUGGAGCAGUUUUGCAGGUGAUCGCUCAAGCUCUACGUGUUUGGUCGACACCUUUUGGUCUCUAUGUCACGACAUUCUGGCUCACCUGCCUUGGUCAAGCAUACCAGGACACUCAUGCCAAUGCAUAUGUUGCGGUUGCUGCUAAAGGUGCCCAUCGAUGGCUCGGUUUUAUUCAUGCUAUGUAUAUGGCUGGCUGCCUGAUUGGACCUUUCGCUGCAUCACCUAUUGCCUCUUCCAAAGGAUCGACUAGCCCGGCUUCUCCCUGGUACUUAUUUUACACUAUACCACUAGGCCUAGGUGCUGUGAAUGUUGCCCUUUGCUUGAUUGCGUUCAGUGACACAUUGCGUUUGAAGCCAAAAAUACCCGAGCCUGAAGCUCAAAACCGAGAGACUGUUGGCCGCCAACCUGAUACCAAUCAACAAGCACCAGACAGCAAGACAGCGAUUGAACUCAUCAAGAAGACGCUCGGCCAAAAAAGCUUCUGGAAUCUGAGUGUCUUCUAUUUCUUCUACCUAGGAGCCACAAUCACAGCAAGUGGAUGGGUCGUCGAGUAUCUGGUCAAUGUCCGAAAUGGCGAUAUAGUUGCAAUGGGAUAUGUUCCGGCUGGCUUCAGUGGAGGUGCCUUACUGGGUAGACUGCUUCUUCCGGAACCAACUCGCCGCUUCGGAGAGAGGCUGAUGGUCAGUAUCUACUGUAUCAUCUGCAUCGGUCUCCAAGUGAUAUUUUGGCUUGUACCCAACACAAUUGCAGCAGCCGUCGCGAUCAGUUUGGUCGGCUUCUUCUCUGGCCCUCUGUUUGCCACAGGCAUAUCCGUCGGCUCACGACUCUUCCCGGCCGAUAUUCGAGCAACGGCACUUUCACUCGUCUUCGUGUUUGCGCAGAUUGGUGGUUCUUUAUUCCCUAUCAUCACAGGGCUUGUCAGUUCUCACAAAGGUGUAUGGGUACUCCAACCUAUGCUAGUAGGAUUGAUCUCAGCGACGGCGAUCAGUUGGCUGCUCGUGCCUCAGCCGAAAUCUUCGAAUCUCGAAUUGCAUCAGGAGUAAACAGAAUGGGCCGGAGUUGGAGCAAAUCAGGCUCUUGAAAUGUAUGCAAAUUGAUAUUCUGUAUUUACUUCUCUAUAUGGUCCUUCCCAAGACGUUAAGCUUUCUUAAUCCUUCUUGCGACCAAUUCUGG